AUGUCAAGUGUAAGGAGGCUUCCCACUGGCACUGAUUAUAUACUUACCCACCAUGCCACGUCCUACGACUAUAUUUCGCCUUUGAAACUGAACCUAGUCGGCAAGCAUGUCCUUAUUACUGGAGUAGCAUGGGAGGAUGGAGUUGGUUUUGCCACUGCUACAGCCUUUGCACGAGCGGGAGCAUCUUUUAUAGCAUGCCUUGAUUUGCACGGCAUAGCUGAUCAGCUCGUUCACAAAUUGAAGUCAGCCGCAAAGCAAGCCAACCGCCCAGAGCCCGUGGUGCUCUGCUACAAGGUUGACAUUUCAAGUCAGGAUAGCGUCAAGGAAAUGUAUGACUCAGUAACAGAAGAGUUCAGCGGGCGAUUGGAUAUUCUUGUCAACAAUGCUGCGCACAUGGAACCAUACAAACCAUUCCUCGACUCAGACCCGGAAGUAUACUGGCGAACAUGGGAAGUUAACAUUCGGGGACUAUUCAACAUGGCGCGUAUGUUCCUCCCAAUGCAAUUAUCAAGCUAUGCCAAGUCUGGUGGCUCAUGCAUUAUGAUCAACGUAUCGUCUUCAGGCGCGUUGAGUGUUCGUCCCGGCAGCGGCAGCUAUCGAAGUUCAAAGCUUGCAGUACUACGAUGGACCGAGUCGCUGCAAGUUGAGUAUGCAGAACAAGGACUUUUGGCUUUCUGUGUGAAUCCGGGCGCGAUCAAAACAAAGAUUACCGAAGGAGCACCCGAAGCGGUUAGGAACGCACUUCCUCAUCAGCCUGAUAUAGCUGGUGAUACAAUCGCAUGGUUGGCUUCUGAACGCAGAGAGUGGCUUGGAGGGCGGUAUGUAAGCUGUCCAUGGGAUAUGGAGGAACUUAUCGCUAAGAAAGACGAGAUUGUAGAGCAGGACAAACUCAAGUUGAGGAUGGUCAUGUGA